UGCCACUUGCAGUUUAUCGCGUCAUGAUGGAGGCGACGGCGGACCCAGUGGUGUUGAUCCAUGGCGUGUUUGGCUGGGGCAACAAGUCGCCGCUGUUCAACCUCUUGCCCAACUACUGGCCGGUAGCGGAACUCAACCGCAUCAACCCAAACCACAUCAUCGUGGACGUCGGAAAGGUGUCUUCAGACCACGACAGGGCAUGUGAGGCCUUCUAUCAGUUGUACGGCGGACAAGUCGACUAUGGUGAAGCCCACUCGGCUCAAAACGGCCACUUGCGUUUUGGUGCCACGUAUCCCACAGACACAGCCAAGCAUACUCGGUGGAGUGCUGAACAUCCUGUACAUUUACUUGGCCAUAGCUACGGCGCCACCACAGCUAUCGAGUUGUACCAGUUGCUGUGCGCGGAUUUCUUUCAAGUUGGCUCUACACACGCUUGGGUCAAAAGCAUUGUGUGCAUCUCGGGGCCGUUGACAGGGUCCACGCUGUGCAACGCGAUAGGCGCGAGCUUGAAAGACGAUUUGCCAGUGCUCGGGCCUGGCCAUAUUGCCGUGGCAGGCAUUGGCUUGCUGUGGAAACUGCAAAACUUUUACUUUCCGUGGCUCAAACAUGUUUAUGACUUGGAUUUGGGCCAUUGGAUGAACAACACGACGUGGGAAAUGUUCUACUCUACCCGGAGCGCCGUGCACACGAGCCGAGAUUUAGCGCUGUACGAUUUAUUGCCCGCGCGACGUGUGCAGCGGAAUAGCCAGCUCGUGGAAAUGGACAAAGUCCACUUGUUGAGUGUGGUUACUACCGCUACUGACCAGCACCACAUUCCAAUUCGCGAAUGGGUCAUGACGUUUGGCGUGGUGUGGCUGCUGUUUCGACGCAAACGGCUGUGGCCGACGCGGUCGCUCCGAUGCGCGCUCUGUCUCACAUUGAUUGCCAUGACGUGGCGCAAGCUGGGCAAAGUCGACUACUCCAAGGUCCGGUCCAGCCUCUGGGGACUUAUUUGGGUCAUUCGGUCGUACACGAGCUCCAUGCACAAGCGCGACCCGCUGUACGAUGGGUUUGACAGCGCGCACUGGGUGCACAACGAUGGCAUUGUCAACACAUAUUCGCAAGUGUAUCCCCGCGUGGAACAAGGCGCCGCCGCCGCCGCCGUGGAGCCCCGACGUCCGCGCUCCGAGUCGCACAUGUCAAUCGACUUGGAAGUCGAGAACGACAGCCACACGACGGCGCUGAUCAAAGGCACGUGGCAUACCCAUCGCAUGGGCAAGAAUCACCUGUGCGGUACCCACUGGGACAAGGAAGCGCACCACUUGUACGCACAUGUGUUCAAACUCCUCAACAAGUGGGUCGCGCAAAACAACUCUGUCGCAGAUAGUAGUAGUAGUACUACUACUACUUGUGCUACCUAGUACAGAUUGUAACUAGUAGUACUCGUAUGGGAGUGGUGCCGUAAUGUGUGUUGAUAGAGUACUGUCAUAUAACAGUCAGUAUACACGCAAUGUAGAC